AUGGCGGUGGGGAGUACAGGGUUUGAGGAGGAACGAGGCGCAGUCUAUGUGUAUACUAGACCGGAUGUUUCCACCAACUGGACAUUUGCGCAACGCCUCGAGUCGCCUAAUGCCCAGCAGUUUGGCUUCUUCGGCUUCAAAAUUGCUAUGGAUAGCAAAGGGACUAAACUUGUCGUUGGUGCUGAUGGGGAAGCCGAUUAUAGAGGCGCUGCCUAUCUUUUCGUCAGGAAAGAAGGAAAGGCCGGGCAGCCCAGAUUUGACCACUUUCAGGAAUUGGUCGCUGGAAAGAGGGCCAUGGAGGAUAAUUUCGGAGGUUCCGUUGCGCUCUCUGGGGACGGAAAAGCUGUCGUCGUUGGCGCACCGGGGGUUAAUAAGGGCAAUGGAAAAGACCACGGUGUCAUGUACAUGUUUGAAGAAGUGAAAGGCAGGAGAAAGUCAAAAUGGGCAUUAGCCGAGUCCAUCUGGCUUCCGCACGAGCACUCGCAAUCUGGAAAUUUCUUCGCUUGGACAGUGGACCUCAGCGGAAAUGGAGAGCGAUUUGUUUCCACGGCUCCUGAUUCCUAUGGUGGGGCUGGCCUUGUGACGGUGGGAGAAUUGGAAGUCAUGGGAAAACGGGCUAUGGAUGCAGACGACCAUUUGACGGAUGACGUAUUCAACGAAGAAAGAGAAGAGCUGUAA